GUCCAUGCCCGGGGCCUAAAGCUGGGCAUUUACGGCGACCUGGGCACCCUCACCUGCGGGGGCUACCCAGGCACCACUCUGGACCGCGUGGAGCAGGACGCCCAGACCUUUGCAGAGUGGGGUGUGGACAUGCUGAAGCUGGAUGGGUGCUACUCAUCAGGAGAGGAGCAGGCGGAGGGCUACCCAGAAAUGGCGAGGGCCUUGAACGCCACAGGCCACCCCAUCGUCUACUCCUGCAGCUGGCCAGCGUAUCAGGGGGGGCUCCCCCCCCAAGGUGAGGGUUGUCCCGUGAACUACACCGUCCUGGCAGAGGUCUGCAACCUGUGGCGUAACUACGAUGACAUCCAGGACUCCUGGGACAGUGUACUUUCCAUCCUGGACUGGUUCUUCACGAACCAGGAUGUGCUGCAGCCAGCAGCUGGCCCUGGCCACUGGAAUGACCCGGACAUGCUCGUCAUUGGAAACUUUGGCCUCAGCUACGAGCAGUCACGCUCCCAAAUGGCCUUGUGGACAGUGAUGGCAGCUCCGCUCCUCAUGUCCACGGAUCUCCGCACCAUCUCCCCGAGUGCCAAGGAGAUCCUGCAGAACCAGCUGAUGAUCCAGAUCAACCAGGACCCGCUGGGAAUCCAAGGGCGCAGGAUUGUCAAGGAGAAGUCCCUCAUCGAGGUGUUCCUGCGCCCACUGUCCCAGGGUGCCAGUGCCCUUGUCUUCUUCAGCCGGAGGGCAGAUAUACCCUACGUCUACACCACCAGCCUGGCCAAGCUCCACUUCCCUGAGGAUGCCGUGUACGAGGUACAAGAUGUGUACAGCGGGGAGAUCAUCAGAGGCUUGAAGACAGAGGACAACUUCUCGGUCACUGUUAACCCCUCUGGGGUGGUGAUGUGGUAUCUCUACCCCGUGGCACAGCCCUGGCGCGUUGUCAGACAGCAAGCCCCCCACGAGGGUUUCCGCCCCGUCCUCCUGUGA